UGGCCUGGCCCAUGCACCGACAGAGAGAGGAUAAGGAGAGCAGGAUCGCUAGUUUCCCUACGUCUCCGCCACUUCCAAUUCUCCUUCUCUGUUCGUACCUGGACUCAGCACCGCUGCUCGUUAGCUCUCCCUGCCCCGUCUCACCGUCUUCAAUGGAAGCGAGGUGGGCCCCGCUUCACAGCACGGCUUGCUCCGCUGCUGCUCGCCCCAGGGGCACCGGUGAGGCCAAGGGCAUCCGGUGACCACGCGCCAUGAAGGGUUGCGCGGUUCUGCGCCAUGGCCACGACGAAUUGGCGCAGGAUCCGGCGGGCUUCCGGCGGAGGCGUCGGAGGAAGAGGCGGUGCCGGAGGAGGUGGUGUCGCCGAUGAUGAACGUGGUGGCAUCGACGACGAGCCCUGGUCCUCUAUCUUCUCUUCUUCAACCUUGAUCUUGAUGUUCAAGUCGGGGAUGGAAGGGUAGCCGCCGGUUCCCGCUGCCGCCGGCGGCGGGGAUGGGAGAUCCGGGACGGGGCCGUAUCCAGGAGGGAUGAAGUGCUCCGACAGUUCGUCUGAUGGCGUCGGAGACGGCUUCCGCGGUGGUGCGCCCGUACGCUCUGGGCACGAUUCGAACCCGUGCCGUACGCAGUACGGGGGCAGAGGCGGUGGCGCGAGUUCGCAAGGGAACAUCUCUUCUUUUUUGAGGAAUGGCGCCGAUGGACCUCCAAGGAGCCAAUCCAUCGGAGGGAUGGUCAAGACAGAUGGCGACGGAGUCAUUGGUACGAUGUAGUCGUCGGCGACGGCCGGAGCCGGAGCUGAAGGCCCAACAUGGUUUGCAGGGGUGGUCGGAGCCGAGGGUCCAGCCUGGUGCACCGUUGGUGCUCGCCCACGGAGAGGGCGGUUGCCUUGGCGUGCGUACCCACGGCGGCGGUUCUGGCGGUGGUUCCAGGCGAAAAAGCGGCAGCGAGGGCCACUCCUUGCGGCAAGUCCCUGACGGCGACGGCGACUUGCAGCACGGUGGCGAUGGGUGCGUGGACAGCGACGGUUCUCUCUCUGGAGGAAGCGUGCAAUGGCGAAAGCAAGCAACGACAGCGGUGACGAAGGCAGACGGGUCAACCCAGGCGGGUGCAUUGAACCAAAAUGGCAGUGAAGGCAGGCUCACGGCGGGUCUUAAUGGAGACUGGCCACGGCGGCUCAACUGAGGCCUGGCCGGUCUGAAAAUGGCUGCUCAGAGCGAUGGCUCGCUGUGGAGAAGAGGAAAAAACUUCACUAUUAACUUUGAAAAAACUUCAUCAUUAACCUUGGCAUCCGUGUGGCCGUUUGAUUCCUUGGUUGAUCUUUUGACUAUUAGAAUUGCUAUCUGUCAAUCUGGAUUGGAUCCUUCAUCACGUGACCCUUUUUUAUUCCUCCUUAGCUUCACGUGGGAGUGGAUGCCAAGUCUC